AUGAAUGAAGUAAGAGUUUCUACACUAGAAAGCGAGUCCUCAAAACCCCAGAUGUCCCUCAUUCUGGCAAUUCAAAGCUCCUACUCCCAGGGGCUUCCAGGAAGUAGUAGGGGCUUCCAGGAAGAUGGCUUUGUGGAAGGCGAGGCUGAGAAUAAGACUGCUAGGACCAGAGCAAUAGGUGAUAUUUGCAUUGUGCCCAGGAAUUCCUUAACUUGGACGGGAGAGGGAAGGAACCAAGAAGUCAAUACUUUCACUGGGUGCUCUGAUGAUGACCACAAUGAUCAGUCUCCUUCAGAAAAGGAAGAUAGCAUCAAUGAUGGAACUUCCAAAGGUGAAGAAGAAAAAGUUGAUGUUUUAGGCAACUUGUUAGAUGAAAAAACUAAUGAAUUACUGUAUCACUUUGCCUGUGAUAUAAAAGAGAAGUGGAACUCUAAAACUGAGCUAAUUGGAUUAUCUCCUGAAUUCUCACUGGGCAGAAUCCUUGACAAAAACCAAAGGGCUAUUUUGCAUAGUGCUGUUAGGGAGAAAUUCCCCUUUUUAAUAACUGUUACUAAAAAUAGUGAGAUUGUUGUAAUACCCAAUCUUGAGUUUAAGGAACUCUGUUACUUGGUAUCUGAAGAAGCAGCAUUGGACUUUUUAAAAUAUUUGGAUGCAAAGAAAGCAAAUUCCAAAUUUACCUUUAAACCUGAUACAAACAAAGACCACAGAAAAGCAGUCCAUCGUUUUGUCAACAAAAAGUUUGGAAACCCUGUAGAAACCAAAUCUUUCCCUGAACUCAGUUACAAUGCCAGUAAUCCAAAUGUAGUGAUUACAGUAAGAUUUCGGGAAAAAACACACAAGCACAGGAAAAGAUCUCUUUUUGAAUGCCGGGAUCAAAAAGUUAUAUACACAGUCUCCACACCCAGGGUAGAGCCCUGA